GUUUACCGUCGGUAUAUUUUACCUCAUUUAGUCCAUAACAUCAGGGCACGGUCGCUUUUCUCGCGACAUUGCGACUGUCCAUGAACUCGCGAAGUCGCUUCUCGCUCCAGCUGACUUGGACCCGCCGCCCAUUUGUGAUCAAUAAGCUUUAUCAAAUAUGAAGAUGUGGCACUCGCGGUUUGUGCUGUAUGAGUUUGUUGCCGCCAGCGCGCGCGCACACGUACGCACACACGGUCGCGCCUACAUGGUGUUCCUGAAUUGCUGCGCUCCGGGGGCUCAGCCCAAACACAACUGACGCGUCGCCUGCCUUGCCGCCUGUAACUGCUCACGCGCAGACGCUGUUUGGAGCACCAGAGUCGGCGGCAACGGCAGAAGCAGACGCGUCGGAAUCUCACACGUGCAGUAUGCGGAUUUGCCACAACGGUGCCAUGCUGGCCGAGGCCUUCGACGGCGUGCAGUGGGAGGAGGUGCCCCAGCAGGAAGGUGUCUACUCGCCUGUGGGGUCGGCGGCCUGGGCGCGGCUGGCACGGCAACUGCAGGGCUGCUUUCUGCAGGAGUUCCGCUGGCUUGACGCGGCGAAGACGCAACUGGCCGCCGUGACGUGGGACCAGCCGCCGCCCGGCUGCCAGCUGAUCGGCACGCGUGUCGUGCAGCUCGAAACGGCGGGCUCCAAGCAGCCAACCAGUAUAGGUGCAGGACGCCCGGACGGCGCGCCACGCCGCGCGGCACCGACACCAGCGCAGCAGCGCCAGCAGCAGCAGCAGGGAUCGCCGCUAUGCGCGGCGGUUGUGGCCGGCGGUGCCGCUGCUGCCGGUCGCGGUGGGAAGCAACGGCCAGACGCCACGGCGGCUGCCGCCGCGGCUGUUGCUGCCAUCGUUGACAGGGCCGCGGAGGAGCAGGAGGAGGACGGCGCGGCAUGGACUGCUGUUGGUGCUCACGGCGGCAAGCGCCCAGUACCCGCACCGGCAGCAGGGGUUUGGGCGGAGCAGCAGUUAGGAGAUCAGUGGCGCGUGGAGGCCAAGCGGAUUAAGCUAGAACCGACGUUAUCGACGGAGGCGCCCCAGCUAGGUGUCCCAAUGGACUACGAUGUCGGCGACCAGCGCCGGCACCAGCAGCAGCGCGGUCUGGGGCAACAGCAACAGCAGUUGGAGGCUGCAGGAACCGAUACCGGUGCUGCCGGCAGCGACGCCGCAGCUGCAACCUCUGCUGCUGGUGAUGAUGCUGGCACAGUGGAAGGGGUGGUUGCUGCUGCUGCCGGUCGCAGCGGGUCGCCGCAGCAACGGGCGCGUAGCGGCGGAUCCACCCGUGAACCGCAUAGCGACGGGUACCAUGGCAGUGGCAGCAGCGGCAGCAGCGACGAUGAUGCUGAAGAUGAUGACGAUAUGGAAGCGCUGGAGGCUGAGCAGCAAGAGUUGGAGCGAGAGGAGCAUCAGUGGGAGCAGCAACGGCGGCAGAAGCAGCGUCAGCAUGACGUCUUGGCGACCGGCGCAAGGGCGGCAGUCAUGGCAGCGGGUGGCACCGCCCCUGCAGCAGGCGGCGGUGGUGACAGCAGCAGCUGCAGCAGCAGGGAACUGGCGGCAUUGCUUGCUAUGCGAACGCGUGUGGGGGGUGCGGCGGUGACAGGCGGCGACACCAGCGAUGCACAGCGUCAGCUGCCGUCCUCACUCGCCGCCGCAGCUUUGCAGAGGCGGUCUGCGCCACAGGAAGAUGAAUCGUCAGAGGACCCCGGGCCAGGAGGGGGCAGCGGCCAGGCGACGCACCAGCAGCACCGGCAGCCGCCAAAACCGCUGACGCUGUAUCGGCUUUCAGGAACUGGUGACGAGCCGCCCAUCGUGGUGGACGCCAACAGCUGUGAUGCAGGGGGUGGGUUCACGCGGGAGCUGAGCGGUGCUGCAUUGCUGGACGAUAAACAGCAGCUGUGCCGGCUCGUGCACAUCCCGCUGCCUGGGUCGCUGCUAGAAGGCGGGGCCCGCGGGUCGCAGCAGCUGCGGCAGCAGAUGCUAAGGCUACUCUUGCAGCAACAGGAGCAGGAGGAGCAGCAGCAGCAGCAGGCGGCCUCUCGCGCGGCAGCAGCUGGGGCUGCAGGCUCGGUGGCUAAUGCAGCUGCCGCGUUGUUGGGGCUGCCCGCCGCAGCCGCUGUGCCGCAGCCGCAUGACACUUCAGCCCGCGAUCCACUUGUCACCACGCGAUCCACAACUCACGAUGCCAUUGCACUAGCAGCCGUGUCAGAAGCCGGCUCUGUUCAGGAGCAGCUGCAGCAGCGACUGCUGAGGCUGCUAGAGCAAGAGCAGCAACGACUUCCGCCUGACAGGCCCGCGCCGGCGGUUGCAAGAUCGCUGGGGCUACCCACGGCAGCGGCCGAGGCGCAACCGCUUGAUCGGCUGCAGCAGCAACAGGAGGGGCAGGGGCAGGGGCUCAUGAGGAGCAGCCUAACAGCCGCGGCAGCGGCCGACGUGCCUCCACGGCCACCGCAACUGCCGGCGGCAGUGCUGCAACAGCUGCUGCUUACGGCAGUGUCGGGCCAGCAGCCGCGACAGCAGCAGCAGCAGCAGCAGCAGCAGCUGGGCCAGGGCCAGCAGCAGAGGCCAGCAUUCACCUCUGGCGCCGCGGGAGGUAACGACCCAGCUGCCGCUACGGGCAGCGCGCUGGCUGCUGCCAUUCUGGGAUCCCGUGGGAUCAGCAGCAGCCGCGAUCUCUCAGCAGAGGUAGCCAAUGAUUCCCUGCGGCGGCCCUCUGGACCUGCGUUUGACCAGCAGGGCGGCGCGUCUGGGCCUGCGGCUUGUGCAAUCCAUCACGCCAGCGGCAGUCGGCAGCAGCUGCUGCAGGGAGUGGUAUCGCUGGGGUUGUCGGGACGGGCAUUGGGUACAAUGCCGCCGGCAACGGAUGAUGCACCCGGUAGCUUGCUGCAAUACCAGCAAGCAGGCCGCAGCACCCGUGGCGGUAGCCCCGCAGCUGGAGGGCAGCAGCAGCUACAGCCGCCGCCGUUUGCCGCAGCUGGUGAGGCAAUAGUCGCAGCAGCACGCGGAGCCGCUGCCGGAGGACCAUCGGGCCCUUCACCAGCUGUUAAUGCUGGCCGGUUCUCAAGCUCUGCCGCUGCCGUCUCGUAUGAUGGCGGAGGUGGUGCUGCUGCUGGAACACCCGUCAAACGCAAGCUACCGGACCCGGCACUUCUGGUCGCUCAGCUGCACGUGGGCCUGGGUCUUGUGGAUCCGCUGAAUCCGUUUGCCGCGGCCGGAGCCGGAGCCGUGCCCGAGGCCGGAGGUGCACUGGAGGCUGCGGCUGCGGCUCAGGAGGAGGUGGAGGAGUUGGAGGAGCCUACGAGUGAGCUGCUCAUUCGCACGCUUCCCUGGAUCAGCAUGCAUGUGGCCCGGAGCUGGUACCCUGGCAGCUGCGAGGGUCCGGAGUACGUGCCGUUCCCCAUCAUUGUGGCCGUUGAGCUGGACGGCGUGUUGCUUUCCAGCAGGUACCCCGCGCACCUCAAGCCCUAUCCCUGCAACAACUCCGUUUUCGUGCCCGGGCUGCCCGUGAAAAUGGUGAAGGGGCUGCUCCGCGUGGGCUGGCGGCGGCUGCGAGACCGAACUUUGGUCUUGCAGGUGCGCACGCCGAGCGGUCCGCCGAUGCAGGGCUACAAGGGCUGAGCCCAAUCGCGCAAGCACAAUCACGCACUGAGGACAUGGCUUCAUAGCAGUGUGGCUACUCCUGUCGCACUGCUGAUUGGUCGUGUGCGUAGUGUGCGUGCGUGUGUCAAAGAGUCGUGCCAAUUAAUGAAAGUCGGAUCUUGGGAUAGCAUCCGUACAUGCAAUACGCAUUACUGCGGUCGGUUGAGAUCGCAUUUAUAGCAGCGGAGGCAUAGAUUUCCGCGGAUGGCAGGGACCCUGUUGCGCCAUCCCCCCUGCGAAGCCUGAACGUCCUCGCCAUGCCACGGUAACGAUUGAGUUUCUCGAUACAGAUGUAGUAGCAGAUGGAGGGAAUCGGGUUUCGCGGAUGGCAGGGACCCUGUUGCACGCAUAGUUCCUGAGGGCUCGAAGCAGAUGUGUAUGUCUCGCGGGUCUCACAUAACCGCAUUACUUGCAUACGCCCUGCUUCUCAUGAAGCCUCAUGAAGCUGCUGCGCCCGCUCUGCCAGCCUUUGGUAUAUUAAAUGGCGUGCGGUCGUGGCACGGCUGCAGCUGUGCAUGUGCGUGUAUCGAAUUGCUAGGCUAACAGCAACGUGCGUGCUUGCGGCCAGCUGUGCAUCCUGUAGGUCAUGCCAGUUAUUGUUUGCCCACGUAUUAUGGGCUACUUGACUUGGCGGAUUCGAUGCUACAAUGACCUUCGCGGCUGGCAGUAAAGACAUGUAUGCAAGUUUAAACGGACGGGCGGGCAGUUCAAUUUCUCGAUUGGUGGAGUAGCGUCAAGGCAUGAGAGGCGCCCACAUGUCGCUCAAAUGGUGCGGGGGCUAUUUUGGUCUCCCUGCCGGCGCACAAAGGUAGGGACGCUAAGGACGUACGCUGUCGGAUGUAUCGACGGAGGCAUGUGCGGUUUUCAUACAUUUCAUGAGCGAGGAAUGUGCGCUCUUCCCGCAUGUGGAUGGGCUCAACUCAUGCGCACUUAAGAAAGGCAAGUGAGGUACGCACCCAGGGAGAGAUAAUUAGUGCUGUGGCGUACCGCAAUGAUAGUUGCAUAACAUACAGGACAUUGCUGGAGCCUGGGGGUGCCGUACAGAUGUAAGCGUCAUGGUAUUGUGCUGCGCUGGGCAGAACUUGAGCAGACGCAGAUUCCCAUUGCACCGUGCGGGGCACUGGUCUAUAUGUUUUGCGUAAGUGUGUUGCUUCAUUUGCCAGCAGGCAGGGGGCAGGGAGCAGGCUGAGAACAUGAUGUUGUACGGCCUCAAUUUACACGAGUGUGAGACCCAUGCUGGUGGGGGCUGGGCACAUCGCUCGUGUGCAAGCAGUUGAUGUAACCAGGUGCGUGUGCUGUGCAGGUCUGAAUGGAUUUGUGGCAGUCUGGAUUGACACGGCUGGAUUGCAUGGGCAGCAGAUAGGACAGAAUGGAGGCAUGCACGGUCGCAAACACAGAGCAGACCAUCGAGAUACUUCGUUGGGGUUGUGUUUGGGUACGGCUAAUGUAUGAUUAUCAUGUCUCUGAGUAGUGGGGUCACUCCAAUGCGUGUAUGCAAAGCGUCAUGCCAUCUUUUUGAACGAGCUCGGUGCAAGUUGAGCUUCGUGGCUAGUAGGGGAGAGAAGACCAAAUGCGCAAAGAGAGUAAUAUUGCGCAAAGAGAAGAAUGUUGCUGCAAUAGGGAAUAACUGCUGCGGACCAUAAAUGGAACGGUGGCAUGAAGCAAACUAGCCGUACACACGUACGGGGCACGCAGUUGCGUGCAUACAUGGUCAGUAGAUGUAUGGUGCGCUGCUGACGCCGGGCAUCGCAUGUGGCAGGACUGUCACAGCCAGUCCUCUGCUGCUGUCCAUGGUAGGAGCGUGUCCACAAGCAAGAACGGUGCGAAAUUAGACGGCACCACGCACAACAGGAUGCCUGCAGUUAUGCGUUGAGCGUGCCGCGGCAACGUCGGGUGUAUUGGAAGGUGAAGUCGCAUUCUAGCACUUGUUUGGGGGAGUGAGGACGGUACGCUCGCGGUGGCAGCAGUUGAUUGGGACUACGCCUACAGCAGGCUACGCCAUUGCUGCUGGGCGAUCACCCACCCAGCCCGCUUUGCGUUUCCGUGCUUUGCUUCCUGUGUGUGAAUUGGACAUAAAUGCGCCAGGGGGCAAGGCACCUUGUAGAUCUGGUGCGUUUGUAGAUGGACAGCAUCCUGGGCAUCAAUUGCCGACGGCGCUGUGGGCUCGUUAUGAUCCUGGGUGUGAGCGUGCGUGGCUGCACGGUGUCUGUGGGUGUGGGGACAAUUCAACUCGAUCGAUGAUGUUCGCGCGCACGCGCGUGCAUUGCCGCGCGCAUUGUCCAAGGGUAUGCAUGGAAUUGGGAGAGACGGCAUUACCUUAUACGGUAGCAGCAGCGGGAGUUUCGACUGCGUUGCAGGCAACCGCGGAUUGGAUAAAUGGGAUGUACGGUAUGCUGGCAUACGGCAGAGUGGAUUGAGUGGAUCCUAUUUCUCAUGUACAUGCGGUGACGCGCGCUGCAGUUGAAGGCGCGCUUACAUGUGUUGUACGUAGCAUGCGGGCUGCAAAUCGGCCUCCCCCAGCCGCACACGAUGUAUGCCUAUGCGGGGGGUACCGAUACGGGCGGAGUCGACACACGUGAAGAUGAAGUGGAGAAGGACGACGAGCAACACUAAUCUGCCGCCAGGCCGGAAGCAAGGCGCCUUGAAUUGAAUCAGACCUACU